AUGGCGUCGUUUCUGUCCUUUUACGCGCACCUUUCGCGAUUGCCCAUCCGCAGCGCGGCGGUGGCCGCCGCCUACGCGGAGAUUUUUCAUCGAUACCUCCGGACCUACGUCGAUCGCGAGGAUUCGGCCCUGCUCUAUGCCGAGGCCUUUGACGGCGGCGCGCGGGUGGUGGAUUGCGCGCUCAAAUACGCCGUUGAAUGCGUCCGAGACUUUCCCUUCGACCUUGGGGUGAUGCGCUCGGUGGACUGCAUUCUCGACAGCAUUGCCGAUAAGAAAUCAUCGGUCCUGGUGUACGUCGCGUCUUUGCCGGAAUUUGAGUAUUUGGCGAGGUACGUUCGUCAGCCGUUGUCGUCGGCGCUUGCGGGCUCGACGCGAGGGAGGAUUCUUUCCCUUUUUAUCAGCUGCCUCGCCGACCACGACCCGCUUGAGCUCGAGAAGGAGCUCGAGACCCUAUUUGCGGUCACGCGCGAGAGUCCUUUGGAGCGGGUGCUGGAUUGCCUCUACACGCUGCGUGGGUUUUUUGAAUCGAUAGGCCGGCAGAAUAUCAUCAAAGCCUCCUUUGAUCUCUUCUUCGCCGCCAUGCGGAAUUUGCUCCACCUCAGCUUCGCGCGGUUUCACGAGCACGCGCUUAUCGUUGAGUGCGUGCAGUGCGCUCGGGUCGUUUUUAUGGUGUCGACGCCGCUUUUGGAGAAUGCGCGGAUUCGCCUGCUAUUGGACUUUGUGGAGUUGGUGAUGCGAAAUUGCUGCGAAUCCAUGCAAACGGUGAUCACAUGGCGUGCGGCGGAGCAUGAAAAGGAUCAGAUCGGGUUUAUCACCACAAUGGCGAAUCUUAUCGUUUCGGUGGCGCAGUGGAAGGCGCUGGAUUGUUUUCUUCCAGAGGAGGACGUGCGGUCUCUGGCGGAUACCACGGUCGAAACCCUGGUAUUUAUACUGGGUAACAUGGACGCCAAAAUGCUUUGCUACCCAGAGCUGGAGGAGGCUACCUUUAUGGCGUUGGAUAUGUGCGCCGAUUCUUUCAUUUCAACCUUUGUGAAUUCCCCCAAUUCAAAUUCUCUACACUCCGCCACCCUCUUUGCCUUAUCGACCGAGCGGAGGGGCAUUCAAAGGGUGGGCAUCACCGUCGCCACAAAAGUUUCAGAUUAUUUAGAAUACUCCCAGGCAACGAACAAAAAAGUACUGGUAGAUUAUCUGAAUACUAUAAUGAAUUCGCUAAUUUUAUGCAAGUCCCCGACCUCGAAUUCUCAGAUUGUCUCCAAGGCGAUUCUGUGCUUUGCUAAGCGAAGCUCGUUGUCUUGUAUUUCUAGUAUCUUUGACGCUGUCUCAGGCCCAUAUCCAUCGUUAAGGCCCUUUUUUGAAGCAAUCUAUGUUUCACUGGAAAGUAGCUUGGCUAAUAGCGACAGCGUAGCCGCGCAACGAAAAUUUGAAGAGUGUUUAAAGACAAAUUUCUCAUUAAUCAAGGCUAUAAAUGGUCUCUAA